AUGGACAUGGACUCGGGAAGCUUUGCGAAUGAGGCGACGAGUGCGGCGCCCAACCCCGAGUCUACGUCCGAGCCGACGGCUCCGCGCGUGCGCCCGCCGACGAUGCAAAAGAUGGACGAAAUUCCUGUCGUGACCGACGGCACUGGUGAGCGUGUGCGCGAGAGCUUCCGUGCAUUUCUAGAGAGUUUUUCGGCGGCUACCGAGGAUGGUCGCAAGUCGCAGCAUCCCACGUACAUUGAGCAGCUCUUUGCGAUGCGUGACUUUGGCCGCCUGACACUCUAUGUCGACUUUCGGCAUAUUCUCCAGCACGACGAGGUGCUGGCAGAUGCGAUCAGCGAUCAGUACUACCGUUUCCUCCCCUUUCUCCGUCGUGCGCUGGUCGACUUGGUGAAUUCGUACAUUCCCGGCUACCUCUACCUGAAUGCACAUGUGGCCUCGACUGCGUCCUCUGGGCUGGUUCCCCGCGACUUUGCGCUGUCGUUCUAUAACCUGUCGAUCGUGUCCGGCAUCCGGUCGCUGCACACUGACAAGGUCGGCAAGCUCCUUGCCAUCUCGGGCACGGUCACGCGCACGUCUGAAGUGCGCCCCGAGCUGCUUUUUGGCACCUUUACGUGUAUGGAGUGCAAGUCGACCGUGUAUGACGUCGAGCAACAGUUCCGGUACACGGAGCCGAUCAUGUGCCGCAACCCCCUCUGCCAAAACCGGACCAACUGGGAGCUGGACGUGGAAAAAAGCCGCUUUUGUGACUGGCAAAAAGUCCGCAUCCAAGAGAACGCGAACGAGAUCCCUACUGGAUCCAUGCCACGCAGCAUGGAAGUCGUUCUGCGCUCUGAGAUUGUGGAGCGUGCCAAGGCCGGCGACAAGUGUACCUUUACUGGUACCUUUAUUGUCAUUCCCGACGUGUCGCAGAUGGGUGUGCCCGGCGUGAAUGCGCAGAUCCAGCGGCAGACGCAGACCUCGUCCGGCCGCGCGACCGAAGGCAUUUCCAACCAGGGUGUCACCGGCCUCAAGACGCUCGGUGUGCGUGACCUUACGUACAAGACUGCGUUCCUUGCCUGCAUGGUGCAAGGCGCCGAUGCGCGCUCCGAAAAUAUCGCCGGCUCGAUGGACGAUGAUAUUGAAGAUGCCGAGACUGUGCUGGACGGCCUUACUGAGGAAGAGCGCGAGGAGCUCGAGGCGAUGGUCGUCCACGCCGACAUUUACCCUCGCCUUGUGCAGAGCAUGGCGCCGACCAUGUACGGCCACGAGAUCAUCAAAAAAGGUAUCCUGUUGCAGCUCAUGGGCGGUGUGCACAAGCAGACCAAGGACGGGAUCAAUCUGCGUGGUGAUAUCAACAUCUGCAUUGUCGGCGACCCUAGUACGAGCAAGUCGCAGUUCCUCAAGUAUGUGUGUGGCUUUAUGCCGCGCGCGGUGUACACGUCCGGCAAAGCUUCGUCUGCCGCCGGUCUUACUGCGGCCGUGGUGCGUGACGAGGAGACGGGCGAGUUUACCAUCGAGGCAGGUGCCUUGAUGCUUGCCGACAAUGGCAUUUGUGCGAUUGACGAGUUUGACAAAAUGGACCUGUCCGACCAAGUCGCGAUCCACGAAGCGAUGGAGCAGCAGACGAUCUCGAUUGCCAAGGCCGGCAUCCAGGCCACGCUCAACGCACGCACCUCGAUUCUCGCUGCCGCGAACCCGAUUGGCGGUCGCUACAACCGCAAGCAGACGCUGCGUGCAAAUGUCGCGAUGAGUGCGCCGAUCAUGUCGCGUUUCGACCUGUUCUUUGUCGUGCUCGACGAGUGCAACGAGUCGGUGGACUGGAACAUUGCGCAGCACAUUGUCAACAUCCACCGUUUCCGUGACGCGGCGAUUGCACCCGAGUUUUCGACCGAGGCGCUCCAGCGCUACAUCCGCUACGCGCGCACCUUCCAGCCGAAGCUCACGCCCGAAGCGAGUGACCUGCUUGUGGAAAAGUACCUGCAGCUGCGCCAGGACGAUGCGGGCGGCUCGAUCGGCCGCAACUCGUACCGCAUCACUGUGCGUCAGCUCGAGAGCAUGGUGCGUCUCAGCGAGGCAAUUGCCCGUGCCAACUGCCGCACCGAGAUUACGCCCGCAUUUGUGCGCGAGGCCUUUUCGCUUUUGCGCCAGUCGAUCAUCCACGUCGAAAAAGACGACAUUGCGAUCGACGAGGAGGAGCCCGAGGAAGAGGAGCUGGCGCCGCAAGACUUUAUCGAGGAACGCGAAAGCCGCAAGCGCAUUACGUACGACCAGUACAUGCAGUACGUCAACCUCCUCGUCCUGCGCGUGAACGAGAUCGAGCGCGAGACGCAGCGCGGCGUGACGCGCUCCGCGCUCAUCGAAUGGUUCCUCGAGCAGCACGAGCACGAGAUCGAGACCGUGCAGCAGCUCAAUGAGGAGCGUGCGCUCCUCGACCGCGUCAUCAACAAGCUCAUCAAGGACGGGUACCUCGUCGAGCUCCCAGAGGACGACGAAGAGGUGAUUCAGGGCAUGGCGCCCGCGCGGCGGCUCAUGGUCCACCCGCAGGUCGACGUGGACAGCUUGUAG